GGAUAUGCGUUUUGGUUGAUGAAGGGAGGGUGGGAAGCGAAACGGUCGGAUUUUCUUUCCUUUGCCUCAUUUUCCUCUCUUUCUUUUUCUUUUUUUCCCACUCUUUUACCCCCCUUUUCCUCUUUCUUUCUUUUUCUUUUUUUCCCACUUUUACCCCCCCCUUUUCCCCUUUUUUUCCCCUUUUCCCCCUAUUCAGAUAACGUUCCAGGAUAAGGGAGUGUUCACAGGGGGUCGACGAGGCGAAGGAACAGCUGGUGUGAGGAUCAAGUGAUCUGAAGGAAAGGAUGAUGCUGAGAGCUCUACGGAGGAACAGUGGUGGGCCGGCUAGGCAUCUGGUAGGUGUGUGGUAGGAGGCCAGUGGUGCGGUGAGGUCAAGGAAGAUGAGGUUGUGAUGGAGAGAGACCAGAGCUGAGGGUCCCUGGCGUUGGAGAGAACCGCUUGUUUCGGAGGGAGGAGGAGGUAUGGUGGACUUUUGAGGAAGAACCGACGUCGAAGAAGGACCAGAACUGAAGGACCAAGCAUGCAAAUGGUCCAAACUUGAGGAGCCAGCGACGGAGAAGGGCCAGAACUGAAGGGCCAGUGGCGUUGGAGAAGCCCUUGUUUUGGUGGAGGAGGGAAAUUGAUGUCGGUGGUGGCGGUGGUGUGGUGGACGUGGUGGAAGACGGUGUGGUAGCGGUGGUGGCGAGAGUGAAGCGCUCAGUUCACAUUCAGGCUGUGGCCGGGACGGACACGAAGAGGCCGGGGCGAGAUUGCAUUGCCAGACGUUGCAAGAUCGCUCGCACUCCACGAUGACUGACCACGAGUUCGAGCGCGCCGAGAAGGGCAAGCGACGUCAGCAUUGCACGUAUUGCAAGAACCACGGGCGGACGGAGAGGAAGACGAACCACAAGUGCCAGUUCGAGACGUGCGAGUGCCUCCUUUGCAAACUCACGAGACUCUCGCGGCUGAUCAUGAGGCACCAGCAGCGUCUCUGGCGGCACCUGAAGGACACGAAGAGGAGGGAGGACGAGCUCGUACACCGCAAAAAAAUCGAGAAAAAAAACACAGCCUCCCCUCUUGUAGAAGGUUUUACAUUGGGCCGGAAAAUGAAAAGCGCGGCCCCCAAAAAAACCCCUUUUUCCCCCCCCCAAAUUGCGCCCUCUGCUGCCCCACUCGCAAAGGGGGGUAUCUGCGGCAUCAAAGGUGUUGGGGUCUGGUCUCAAGUCACAACCCAGCAGCGCGACGAGGCUUACGACUACGUAACACAGGCCACGGCCGAGUUAGCACAGCUGAGCAUGAACAACCAAGUCUCCUCCUCAGGGGCCGCUCUUCCUCUUCUCCCGUACGUCCUCUUGUGCUGUGUCUUCCCCCGCUAUUACCACGGUUCCCUCCACUUCUUCUUCCUCCUCUUCGUCCUCCCCUUCUUCCUCCUCUUUCUCAGACGCCCCCUCUUAUACUUUAGCGCCCUCUCUGAAGCCAUCUUCUUCUUCGUACCCCACCUCGUCCUAUACUUCCCCCUCGACCCCCAUCUCCCACCCCCCCUCCCCGGCCCUUGCAAGACCCCGACCGUCAUGCCUGAGCCCCCACGUCUGUUCGGCGGUUCAUACACCGACAGUCAAGGCAUCUGCGUAUCAGAUUCCCUCUUCCUCCAGGAACCGCUGAACCCUUCCCCCCCGCUGGCCCUCGCACCCGAAGCCCGCAGGAACAGCUGGACUGUAGUGUCACCGCACAUCAAGGCUUCGAGGGUAAUGGACACCCCCCCACAAGGCCCCGUGGACACCAAAUGCGUAGGGUCACUGGACGCAACCGACUCGGUGAUCUUGGACACUAAGCCGCACGCCCUGGCGAAUACCACUCCCCCCGCCCUUCUGGAGGCAAAGACGGAGAGCCGGAUGGAUUUUCAGAGUCCCGGAUUCAUGGACGCAAAGCUUCCGAGCUCUCCUGGCUCCUUGGCGCCCUACGAUCCUGCGUCCCUGAGAUUAGACCUGGGGACCACCACGGCCUGGAGGAGCCUCAAGCGAGACAGGCACGAGGAGGACGCACCGGGAACCAUCUCCUUCCGGGAGAACAACGACCUCUUCAGGAAUCUCGACUUCAUGAGGAACAGCGACCCCCACCCUCGGCUGGAGGUCGGGCGGGGCGAAGUGGGCCCUCACGAAGCCAUGCCCGGACUGGACUACGCGCCUUGCCAUGGGUCGUCCUCCUCGUCGCCGGGCUUCAGGGCCCCUCACGUCGCGCCUCCGGACUUCGGGAUGACGCUGGCGACGCCGCAAAAGAAGACCCGGCUGGCCUUCGCGCAUGACUGCUUUCCUCCUCGCUUCACCUCCCGGCUGUGGCCUCCCGCGCCCUUCCAAGCGAGGGUCGGAGCCUCGCACGACCUCCACUGCUAUCGGAGAAUGGGCGUCGCCACGACUGACCUCCCGUUGGCAGCGCCUUCGCCGCUCAUGCCCCUUCCGCACCAGCACCAGCUCCUCCGCCCGCAGCCCCUCACGCCCCUGCCGCCCCCUGCUCUGCCCUCCGCCAUGGACUGGGAUCCUGUCAACCUGCCCUACCUGGCUUACUCCCUCCUACAGAGCCGCGGCUACACCACUACCGUGCCCUCGGCUACCUCUUUCACCCUGGGUCGUGUCGCGGCCUUCCUGCACCCAUCUGUACCCUAGCAACGCCCUCCCUGCACCGUCACUGGAAUGUACAGACAUCCACGUACUUACGUUUUACCGCAUCAUCACCCUUCUCGUAGCCCCCUUCCCCAAGCCGUGCCCAGUUUCUUUCCAUAUACUCACUAUACGUACACGGAUCCUGAUCGAUGUCUCCCUGUAGUCAUCCACACCCACUGACUGCCCCUUUUUGCCUUCCUCCGUCCCUCCGUGCUUUCCCUUGCACACUUCCGUGCCCUAGUCGUGCCCCCCGUCGCCCCAGCGUGCCCUGACGAUGCCCUUCCCAUCACCACCGAUCCUCACAUAUCGUCCAAUAGGAAAAUAAGUAUGCGAAGGCAAGUUAGGCUCGUAGUCCCCGCUGAUUACUGGCGGAAAAAAAAACGAAAGUCUGCAUUUUUUAAACUAUCCUUUUAUAUCACAAUGAUCUGUGAUAAGAUGAUCCUCUCGCGCAACCAUUGAAAUAAAUGAAUUCGAGAGAUGUGAUUGUGAUUAACUCUUGAUAUCUAGUUGUAUAAAUUCUAAGCUAACGUGAUUAAUAAGAGAGUGUGGGCAGCUACCGAAUGGAAAUUUGGAUUGUGUGUGUAUAAUUUUUUUUCUUCCUCGUUUCUCAUGUGCUCCACGUAAAAGAGUAAGAAAAUAAAUAAACAUGAAUGGUGGGGCUCCUUUUACACUUUCUCCUCUAUUUUAGAAGAGCGAAUGCUAUUGCGGUAGCGUGCUGUCCUUGAGUUACGUGGGAUCGCUAGAUUCUUGAAUUUUUUUGUCAUACACAUAUUUCAGAAGAUUUUUUGUGUGUUCCACUUAAUAAUAAAGUUGUUAAAUGUU